AUGGUGUCAGCCAGAGACAACGACCCACAAUCUCUAAGGGAACUGGUCAACAAAUUGGAAGCGAGGGUUCAACAACUUGAAGAGAGCCUUUCAAACGUUCAGAGAACAACAGACGCUUCCUAUGACGGGAAGGUUCGGAUGCUAUUGAUUGGACCGCCUGGCGCAGGCAAAGGUACCCAGGCCCCCAAGAUCAAAGAAAGAUUCAGUUGUUGUCAUUUGGCUACAGGCGACAUGCUUCGGUCACAAGUGGCAAAGCAGACAACCCUAGGUAAAGAGGCAAAAAAAAUUAUGGAUCAGGGCGGACUUGUCAGCGACGACAUUGUCAUUGGCAUGAUAAAAUCUGAACUCGAUACAAACGCAGAAUGCAAGAAAGGUUUCAUUCUCGACGGAUUUCCCCGUACUGUUACACAAGCAGAGCGCCUAGACUCCAUGCUGUUAGAGAGAAACGAGAAACUCCAAAACGCUAUUGAGCUUCAAAUAGACGACAGUCUUCUAAUCUCGCGUAUAACUGGCCGCUUAAUACACCCUGCUUCUGGACGCUCUUACCACAAGGUUUUCAAUCCCCCUCAGAAGGAAAUGAAAGAUGACAUUACUGGCGAGCCAUUGAUACAAAGAUCAGAUGAUAAUGCCGAAGCUUUGAAAAAGCGCCUCGUCACUUACCACCAGCAAACGGCCCCUGUUGUUGACUACUAUCGGAAGUCUGGCAUAUGGAAAGGGAUCGAUGCAAGUCAAGAACCUGGUCAAGUAUGGAGGAGCUUACUCACUGCUAUUGAAAGCACAAAAGAACAAAAGGCUGGAGGCUUGCUUGGCAGAAUAAUGGGUUACUGA